CUUGGCGAUUAUUGGCGAUGGCGAUGGCGGACUGACCGCGGCAGCGCCGGCGGCGUGCGUGGAGCACGUCCAGGGCGUCGCGCCGGUGGGGAAAUUCACACGUCCGCGUCGCGCUAGCUACCGAUUUAAGCAGAUGGGCUGCGCGAGGAGGAAUUGCCCAGCAUGGCGGGAGCAGCGCUCACAAGACUCUACUCGUCGUUCAAGCGAGGCCAUCGAAGGUCGUCCAGCGAGAGCAAUCCGAUAACAGGGAACUGUGGUCGAGCUAGCACCAGCAGUUGCGGAAGCGUCAACAGCCAGGACUGGACACCGUCGGCUCACGAGAAAUCUGGUGCUUCGGUGAAGAGGGUGAUUGUAGUGGUGGAUCAAUCGAGCGAAGCGAGACUGGCACUUCUUUGGGCUCUCUCGCACAUUGUCCACAAGCUGGAUGUGGUGACUCUCCUCUAUGUCUCUCAAGGGAAGACCAAGUUUCGAGGCGAAGCAAAGGGGUAUCAAGUUCUAAACACGCUCAAGGAUCUUUGCUUGGAGCGGAGGCCAGAGAUUGAAGUGGAAACUCUGGUUGUAGAAGGAGACAAGGGGCCGAUGAUUGUCGGCCAAGCCAAGAAGCUCGAGGCUUCGGUGCUUGUUCUUGGCCAAAGAAAAUUCGGAUUUUUGUGGAGAUUUCUCAGGCUCACUGGCGAUGGUCUAAUCGACUACUGUAUACAAAACGCCGAGUGCUUGACGCUAGCGGUGAGGAGGAAAAGCAAAAAGGUCGGUGGCUAUCUCAUCAAUUCCAAAUGGCAGAAGAACUUCUGGCUCCUGGCUUGAAAGUCGCGAAUCGAUCGACUGGAUUCGUGUUUGUACAGAGGGAAAAAUCGAGAGGAGCCGCAGUUUUGAUUGACCACGAUAGAAGAAACAAAGAAGGUUUGUUCUCAAGCAGCAGUACAGAGAUCCUUUUUUUUUCUCUUGUUCUCUCUCCUUGUGAUUUUGCAAGGAAGAAGUUUCGAUGAAGUUCAUUGUAUACAAUGUAAUAGAACAAAAGAGGUGUUCUUCCCUUCCAAGA